AUGCCAUGCCGUGAUCCAUCAUUGCCUCCGAUUAAUAUCAGCAGCGUAGGCCAAGUGCCAAACAGUCAUUGGCGCAGUCCUGAAGACAAUCUGCGCCUCUGGCAGUUUCUCACGGUUUCCUGGAUGGCCCCUCUCAUGUUGAUAGGGCGCAGAAGACAGCUCCACGAAGACGACGUUUGGUAUCUAGGUUAUGAGUUCCAACAUCGGCGCCUGCAUGAGAGAUUCCGUCUGCUCCGGGGCUCCGUUCUAAGACGCGUGCUCAAGGCUAACGGGAUUGAUGUGCUGAUUGUGACUACUCUUGCCACGGUGCAAAUGUUCUGCGGUCUGAUUUGGAGAACUCCGUGA